AUGGAUUGGAAGUCACUGCAGGCUCUGCUUAGUGGAGUCAAUAAGUACUCUACUGCCUUUGGACGCAUCUGGCUGUCGGUAGUCUUUGUCUUUCGCGUGAUGGUCUUCGUGGUGGCUGCUGAGCGUGUGUGGAGCGACGACCAGGCCCAUUUCGAUUGCAACACCCGCCAACCGGGCUGCACCAACAUCUGCUACAACUACUUCUUCCCCAUCUCGCAUAUUCGCCUCUGGGCCCUUCAACUCAUCUUUGUCACUUGCCCUUCUUUCAUGGUGGUGCUGCACGUGGCCUACCGUGAAGAGCGGGAACGCAAGUACCGGGCCAAGCAUGGAGAAAACACCCGGCUCUAUGACAACCCAGGCCAGAAGCACGGAGGGCUGUGGUGGACCUACCUGAUGAGCCUCUUUGUCAAGACCGCUGUAGAGGUGAUUUUCCUGUACUUGCUCCAACUCAUCUAUGACAGCUUCCGGCUGCCAAGGCAGGUUUCGUGUAAGCUCCAGCCCUGUCCCAACGUGGUGAACUGCUACGUAUCCCGACCCACGGAGAAGACAGUGUUCACCUACUUCAUGGUUGGGACAUCGGUAAUCUGUGUGAUACUCAACCUCUGUGAAAUUUUCUACCUGAUUGCAGCCCGGAUGGUUAACCUCAGACAUCGAGGCACUGUCCACACUUCAGCUUGUCAGAUCCAGGCUGAGUCGGACUUCGAUGGCUGCAGGCCCGCUCUAAAAUCAUAG